CAUCACAAAAGCACAUACAGAUAGAAAAAGAACAGAGAAGCAACUGAAAGAAGAAGAGAAGAGAAGGGGAAAAAUAGCUUUCUCCUCUCCUAAUCUUCGUUCCAAAUCUCUAUCGGUAUUCGUUUUAUAAAUCACUUCUGAAUAAUUAAUUCUUAGGACAAAGUUCAAGUCUUCAAGAGGUUUACGUCUUUCUCAUCAGGUUCUCAUCCUUCUCUUCUCUUGUUCCAGCCUGAAAUCUGAUCUUUUUAUCUUUCCGGAUAAGUACCAAAAUUCAGAGAACUCGCAGAUGCGGUUGGAAUUUCAGGAAUAUUACUAGACUCCGCAAUGCAAUUCUCAUUUCCCAGUCCUCUUAUUCUUGAUCCGUAACAAUCGCGAAACAGGCGGCUAACUGUUCUGAUCUUUUCGUCUGAUGGGUCGGUCCUUUGAAGCUAGAAAUGAGUAUAAUUUUUGUUGUUUUAAAUUUCUGUUAGAGUUUGGGUUAUGACGUGUGAAGGAAUCCCUAUGUUUUUGGUUUUCGUUAUCUUUCUUCUAUCUACAAAGUGAUAACUUACAGUCCUCUGUUUUGAAGCUUUUAAUCUGGCUCAGAUUUUUAUCUGAACAACUUGUGUUAGUAUUCUCAAUCAGGUUUGAGAAGGGAAAUUAGUUGAUCAGCAGAAAACAUAGCGCUGAAAUUAGUAGUUGAUCUAUCAAGAUCAAGGAACUUGAUAGAAGGUAUAAUCCUGGUAGAUGAAAGAGUAUAAUUGUAAUACAGAUCUUCUUGGGAAAUUCUGAACAGUUGAGAUCUUCCUUGGCCAAGUUCGGGCACUGCAAACUUUGGCAGUGCCCAUGGACGCCACAGCGUGUGGAAUCCCUUCGGUAAAUUAUUGUAACAUCGUCGACGAACCUGUUGCUGCUCUUGUUGUCUCUCCCCUACCAACAUUUCAACGCCAACAACGCCAUUGUUUCGGGGAAUCAAACCCUGGAGAGUUCCCCUUGGCAGCAAACCCCUCAAUCGUUCUCCAUGUCCUCACGGACUGUAAGUUGGACCCUCGAGAUCUUGCCAAACUUGAGGCAACAUGUUCCUUCUUCAGGCAGCCUGCAAACUUCUCCCCCGAUUUUGAACUGUCCAUAACGGAGUUAGCUGCUCUGGACAUGUGCCAGAAGAGAGCCAUUUUUAAGCCGAUGACAGGGGAGGAACGAGAAGGUCUGAAACAAAGGUGCGGGGGUUCAUGGAAGCUGGUCCUUGAGUUUUUGCAGGCUGGAGAAGCAGCAUGUUGCAGGAGGGAGCAAUCACUUGCAAUAGCAGGUCCAGGUCAUAGCAUUGCUGUGACAUCAAAAGGAGCAGUCUAUUCAUUUGGGUGUAACAGCUCUGGUCAGCUGGGACACGGCACCUUGGAAGAUGAAUGGCGUCCUCGCCAGAUCAGGUUCCUGCAAGGCAUUCGGAUCAUCCAAGCUACAGCUGGAGCUGGCAGGACAAUGCUGAUUAGUGAUGCUGGGCGGGUUUAUGCCUUUGGAAAGGACUCCUUCGGGGAAGCUUUGUAUGGGGUUCAAGGGAGUGAAUUUGUUACCACUCCGCAUCCUGUUGAGUCUUUGAAGAAUGUCUUUGUUGUUCAAGCUGCGAUUGGAAACUUCUUCACUGCAGUUCUUUCCAGAGAGGGCAAAGUCUAUACAUUUUCUUGGGGCAGUGAUGCCAAACUUGGCCAUCAAACUGAGGCAAGUGAUUUGGAGCCUCGUCCUCUUUUGGGCGCACUAGAGAAUGUACCUGUGGUGCAAAUUGCAGCUGGGUACUGCUACCUUCUUGCUCUGGCUUUUCAACCUGCUGGCAUGUCUGUGUACUCGGUAGGGUGCGGCUUGGGUGGAAAGCUUGGACAUGGUUCCAAAACCGAUGAGAGAUACCCACGGUUAAUUGAACAAUUUCAGGCUUUGAAUAUUCAGCCAGUGGAGGUGGCUGCUGGUGCCUGGCAUGCGGCUGUAGUGGGACGGGAUGGAAGAGUCUGCACCUGGGGUUGGGGGCGCUUUGGAUGCCUGGGUCAUGGGAAUGAAGAAUGCGAAUCACUUCCUAAGGUCGUAGAAGCUUUGAGCAAGGUUAAAGCCAUCCAUGUUGCCACAGGGGAUUAUACAACCUUUGUGGUGUCUGAAGAUGGUGAUGUCUAUUCUUUUGGGUGCGGAGAAUCAUCCAGUUUGGGACACAAUAUUGGAGCAGAUGGACAGGGAAGACAAAAUGUGUUGAGCCCAGAGCUUGUGACAUCACUGAAGCAGGUCAAGGAACGGGUGGUGCAUAUUAGCCUGACCAAUUCCAUAUACUGGAAUGCCCACACAUUUGCACUCACAGAAUCUGGGAAGCUAUAUGGGUUUGGUGCAGGGGACAAGGGGCAGCUUGGCGUAGAAUUCGUUGCCGACCAGAGUGAGAGAGGGAAUCCUGAGCGCAUUGAUAUCGAUCUCACCUAACUAUUUCUGGCGUGCUCUCCACCUCUCACAUCCUGAAAGUUUAUCUCCUCCUCAUCGUCAUAAUCGUGGUCAACUUCAUUUGGUAUCUGCUUUGGUUCUCUGCUUUUGUUCAUUUUGUAACAUAGAAAAAGAAAAACGUACAGUCAAGGAUCAAGCUAGAAUUCCCAGCCCUUAGAAAAUUGGUAGCUCUUAGAAGCCUCAAAUAGUUAUUUAGUUAGCUCAUAUACACUUGGUCAAGAUUUUUUUAAUUACUUGUUAUUUGUUCUCUUUAAUACAAUUUACUAUUUCAGUUUUUCAAUUGCCUUGCCUUGAGGCAGGUGGAAAGGGCCGUAAGUUGAACGCUUUCUGGGUUCAUAAGUUGAUGUUUUCAC